UCUCAUCCAGUGGUUUGACACAGCACCAAGCCGGACUUGCCCACAGUGCAGAAUCCAGGUCGGCAAAAGACACAUCAUCAGUAAGCUGUUUUUUGAUGUUGCCCUGGAGGAGCAGACAGCACCGGAUGCAGAGACUUUGCAGAAUGAACUGGACAAGGUGAAGGCUCAGCUCUCUGUCAGAGAGAAAGAAAAACGAGAAUGCCAGGCUGUUGUGGAUGGGCUGAGGGACACACUGGAUGUGCGCAAUGCCACAAUAGAGUCACUACAGAAGGUGCUGGGAGAGACAGAGAUGCUGUGUUCCUCUCUCAAGAAGCAGAUGAAAUUCCUGGAGCAGCAGCAGGAGGAUAACAGAAGUUCAAAGGAGGAGGCUCGCCGCCUGCGAAACAAGCUGAGAACCAUGGAGAGGAUUGAGCUGUUGCUUCACAGCCAGCGCCCUGAAGUGGAGGAGAUGAUCAGAGAGAUGGGAGUUGGGCAGGCAGCAGUGGAACAGCUUGCGAUCUACUGUGUCUCACUGAAAAAGGAAUAUGAAAGCUUGAAGGAGGCUCGGAAGAUGUCUAGCGAGAUGACAGAGAAGCUGAAGAAGGAGCUGUUUUCUGUCAAUAACAAGCUGCAGAAAACGGUUUCAGAGCUGGAGAAGACAAAGGAGGAGUUAAAAAGCACCCAGAAGGAUCUGAAGAAUGCGGACAAGGAGAUCUUGAGUUUGAAGAAGAAGAUAGACAUCCUGCAGGAUACUUUGAAGGUCCCAUCUGUAACCAGAGAGACACUCAGUCGGCUAGUUUUUGAAAGCCCUGCUCCCGUGGAACUGCGGCACCCGAAGCUCCACCGCCCAUCCCACAGUGACGAGAUCAAUCUAGAUGCCACUUUUGAUGUGGACACCCCUGAACAUCAGCCCUGCAGAUCUCUCGUCAGCCCUGCAAAAAGGCAGAAGCUGGAUAAAAAGCCGCCUCCUGUGGUAAAUCUGGCGAAGAAAGUUCUGAAGGAAACAGUGGAGAACUGGGCAGAUGAUUUGGAGGAUGAUGCACUUAAAGGACUUUUGCCAGCAUUCAUCAGGAACUCUGUUCUCUCCAAGAAGCCAUCCUUGGGUAGCUUGCUGGGUCCCCCCAAGAACAUGGGCACUGUGAGGAUGGGGUAUGAUGGUUUGGGAGGCAGAACAAAGUUCAUACAGCCUACAAACAUGACAGAAAUCCGUCCAUUAGCAGUGAGGAGCAAGAAGAAGGUCUCCAGGCCAGCAUCUGCAGCUCCUUCCAUGUCUUCCUCCAGCAGCAGCCAAGCCAGGCUGGACAGUUUCCUGCAGUGA